UGAAAGUCUCUUCCUAGAACAAGAAAGCUCAGGCAUCUCGGUUGCUAUCUCGCAGAAGCUGAAACACCUCUCGCUCUCUCUGCCUCUCUCUCGUUGGGGGUUUUCAGAAGAGGAGAAGAUAGAGAAGAAAGAUGGUGAAAGUUCGCAUGAACACGGCCGACGUGGCCGCUGAGGUGAAGUGCCUGCGGAGUCUGAUCGGAAUGCGAUGUGCCAACGUCUACGAUCUCUCCCCCAAGACCUACCUAUUCAAGCUCAUGAACAGCAGCGGAGUUACUGAAUCUGGAGAGAGCGAAAAGGUUUUGUUGUUGAUGGAAAGUGGUGUAAGAUUGCACACGACUGCAUAUGCUCGGGACAAGAGCACAACUCCUUCUGGAUUUACUCUUAAACUAAGGAAGCACAUACGCACAAGAAGGCUCGAAGACGUGCGGCAACUCGGAUAUGAUCGUAUUAUUCUUUUUCAGUUUGGACUGGGUGAUAAUGCUCAUUAUAUUAUCCUGGAGUUGUAUGCCCAAGGAAACAUACUUCUCACAGAUUCUGAAUUUGUUGUCAUGACACUUCUCCGAUCACACAGGGAUGACGAUAAAGGGUUGGCAAUUAUGUCACGCCAUCGGUAUCCAGUUGAAGCUUGUCGUGUUUUUGAGAGGACUAGCAUUACUAAGUUACAAACAGCGCUUACUUGUUCUAACGCAUCUGAUAGGAAAGACGUAUUAGAUGCUGAAGAAGGCAGGGGAAAAGUUUUUGAUGCAUCUCAAGAGCAAGGUGGCAGCAAAAAGGGCAAGUUGUCCAAUUCAAAUAAAAAAACUAAUGAUGGCGAGCAGACAAAGAAAUCCACAUUAAAAGUCAUUCUAGGGGAAGCAUUGGGUUAUGGACCGGCACUUUCUGAGCAUAUUAUAUUGGACGUUGGGCUGAUACCAACCAUGAAAGUUGGAGGUGAUACAAAAAUCGAUGAUGCAGCAAUACAGCUUUUGGCACAAGCUGUUGCCAAGUUUGAGGACUGGCUUGCAGAUAUCAUAUCGGGUGACAAAGUUCCUGAAGGAUACAUUCUAAUGCAGAACGGAGCUGCUGGGAAGAAGGGAAUGGUACCAUGUCAAGAAGGAAAUUCAGAUAAGAUCUACGAUGAAUUCUGUCCCCUUUUAUUGAAUCAGUUCAAGUCAAGGGAGUUUAUGAAACUGGAGACAUUUGAUGCAGCGUUAGAUGAGUUUUACAGUAAAAUUGAGAGCCAAAGGGCAGAACAGCAGCAGAAAGCAAAAGAAGGAUCUGCUAUGCAGAAACUUAGCAAAAUCCGCUUGGAUCAGGAAAAUCGUGUACAAUCACUGAUGAAGGAAGUUGACCGUUGCACGAAAAUGGCAGAACUGAUUGAAUAUAAUUUGGAAGAUGUUGACGCUGCUAUUUUAGCUGUUCGAGUAGCACUUGCAAACGGUAUGGAUUGGGAAGAUCUCGCUCGAAUGGUGAAGGAGGAGAAGAAAGCUGGAAAUCCUGUAGCUGGGCUUAUUGAUAAGCUUCAUCUUGAAAGAAACUGCAUCAUGCUACUAUUGAGCAACAAUCUGGAUGAAAUGGAUGAGGAUGAAAAAACAAGCCCUGUUGAUAAGGUAGAAGUUGAUUUGGCACUUUCUGCACAUGCAAAUGCUCGCCGCUGGUAUGAACUAAAGAAACGACAGGGGAAUAAACAGGAAAAGACUGUUACAGCACAUGAAAAGGCUUUUAAAGCGGCUGAGAGGAAGACUCGUCUCCAACUUUCACAGGAGAAAACAGUAGCUGCAAUCUCACAUAUUCGCAAAGUUCACUGGUUUGAAAAAUUCAAUUGGUUUAUCAGCAGUGAAAAUUAUUUGGUAAUCAGUGGCCGCGAUGCUCAACAAAAUGAGAUGAUAGUCAAGAGAUAUAUGUCUAAAGGAGACCUGUAUGUCCAUGCGGACCUACAUGGAGCUUCUAGUACCGUGGUCAAGAAUCACAGGCCGGAUAACCCCGUACCUCCUCUUACUUUAAACCAAGCAGGAUGCUUCACUGUGUGCUACAGCCAAGCAUGGGACUCAAAGAUUGUUACAAGCGCUUGGUGGGUGUAUCCUCAUCAAGUCAGUAAAACAGCUCCCACAGGAGAAUAUCUUACUGCAGGCAGUUUCAUGAUCCGUGGGAAAAAGAACUUCCUUCCUCCACACCCUCUUGUUAUGGGAUUUGGUAUUCUAUUUCGCUUGGACGAGAGCUCCUUGGGAUCUCACUUAAAUGAAAGGAGGGUGAGAGGUGAGGAGGAAGGGCCCCAUGAUAUGGGAGACAGUGUAUCUGUUAAUGAAGAAGCUAACUCUGAGUCAGAUGAGGAAGUAAUCGAUAAAACAGUAGAUGAAGUCGAAGAACCGAGUCACAUCUUGGAUAUGACAACAGAUCGUUCUGAACUGAAACCAGAUGACGCAUCUGUAUCUGGUUUAUCUAACAGUGGGUUACUUUGUAAAGCUGUUGAAGCUAGAGAAGAUAGUGGUGGAGACAAAACCAGACCAAGUGACAUUGAUAAUGGAAAGUCCUCUGACAUGGCUGAAGAAAAUGGAUCCUCUGUCUCAUCAGAACUUGAGGUUCUCAUGGACAGGGCCCUUGGGCUCGGGUCUGUUAAAGUGUCAGGGAAAAGUUAUGGGCUUGAUGCUCCUCAAGCUACUUCAGUGGAGGACCAUGAGCAUGAAGAAAAUAAAUCUGUAGUAAGAGAAAAGCCUUAUGUAUCAAAGGCAGAGAGACGAAAACUCAAGAAAGGUCAGAAAAGUAGCAGUGAUGCAGCUGAUGUGCAAGAAAAAGAAGAAGGCAAUGACAGUAAUCACUCAGGUACUCAGCAAGAUGAAAGUGUUGGGAACUCAAGGCCAGCAGGUGGAAAGAUCACACGCGGACAAAAGAGCAAACUUAAGAAGAUUAAGGAAAAAUAUGCAGAUCAAGAUGAUGAAGAAAGGAAGAUUCGUAUGGCUUUACUGGCAUCUUCUGGGAAAGCACUAAAAAAUGAAAAAGAGUCGCAAGAAAGUAACGCAGCUGCUAGUAAACAGAACAGACCGGUCACUGAGUUGAGAGACCAGGUUGAUUCCUCAAAAAUAUGCUAUAAAUGUAAGAAGGCUGGCCACCUUUCUCGGGAUUGCCCAGAACAUCUAGAUGGAGCUGAUCACAGUAAGGUGGCUGCAAACAAGCAAGUAAAUGGGAAUGCUCCUGAAGGUCUUCGAGAUGCAGAUUUGGAUAAAACCACUGGCGAUGAGGAUAGAAUGACUUUUGAGGAGGAAGAUAUUCAUGAGAUAGGCGAAGAAGAGAAGGAAAAGUUAAAUGAUGUAGAUUAUUUGACUGGGAAUCCGCUGCCAAAUGACAUUCUACUGUACGCUGUGCCUGUCUGUGGUCCCUAUAGUGCACUCCAGACAUACAAAUACCGGGUGAAGAUUACUCCAGGCACUGUUAAAAGAGGAAAAGCUGCAAAAACUGCAUUGAAUUUGUUCAGUCACAUGCCCGAGGCAACAAAUAGGGAAAAGGAACUUAUGAAAGCAUGUACAGACCCAGAAUUGGUCGCUGCGAUUAUCGGCAAUGUGAGGAUCACGGCGGCAGGCCUCACUCAACUGAAACAGAAACAGAAGAAAGGAAAGAAGACUAGCAAGCAAGAAAACUAGUAUGGUACCGACGAGUUUGUUCCCAACCUUUUUGAUCUUCCAUCCUUACCCUAAAUCUUACAGUUUUGGAAUCUUCCAUGAUUUCCUUUGCAAAGGGUUGAAGGCUAUGAUCCACAAAAGAGAGACAUUGCGUCCCCGUUUCAAGCUAGCAGAAUCCUUCCUUAUCAAAUGUAAAAUCUGUUCAUUGCACAUAAACUCCACACCUCUUGAGUUACUUUCUAUCUAUACUAAUCACUGAAUAUGAGCCGUUAAUUUUUUU